GGACGGUCACCCCCGCAAGUUGAUGGUUCUCACAACGCUGCCUCAGAACGUUUUAACCGCGGAUACCGUCGGACACAACUUACGUCAUGCCUGUCGAUACCGAGAAUACCAAAGUGCCUCAUGACGUGACAACUUUGUUGCGAACGCUCCUCACCAGGGUGCUUGAUCGUCUGUUCGACACACAUGAUACUCGGACUGCAGGAAUGCUGAAGGAAAAGCUCAAGAUAUGUACUAGGCUAGAGACGGUCGACGAAAACCUCAAGCGCUUUUUGGGCGACGUCAGUAAACCAGGGCCAGGAGUGGAAAGAUUGAGAGCCAUAAUGAAAGAAUUUGACAUGGAAAGGGGACCGAGAAGCAAGGUUCAGAAGCAGACAAGUGAGGUCGAGCAACAGCCAAAUGCCGCACAUAUGGUGAUUUUUAUGGCUCCUAUCAUACUGGUAGUCAUGGACAAGGAAACAGCUGACAUGCAUGGCCUGCGCAUCUGUGAGAUGGGCAUGAUUUUCGACAUCGAUUGCGACACUUUCAAGGGCAUGAUCCAAAGGUUGAAGACCGCAAAACUCUCCGACCAUCAACUUCUGCUCGGCAUCUUGGACAGCAAUGAGGAGACCAGAAAACCCUUUCCCACUCAACUUCUGCCAGACAUCCAGCGACUGUGGACAGCGAGGCGGAUAGAGGGCUGAUUCGCGAUAUCAUGCCAGCUGAUCAGAAUGGGCACCUAUUUCAAAGCCGCUCCGACACGCACAUAGCCAGGAGGCGAAUACCAAGGAGCUGCCCUUUGAUGAAUGCGGGUUUCGAAGGGCCGUUUCGCAGGAAUCGGCGUUGAUCUCUUUCUGGCAAGGCUUUGUCUGCUACUGCUCAAACCGCAGCAGCAUAGGUCUCAAUUUCUCGAACAGAUAAUGUCUGUCUAUAGCGAGAAAACACACCUACGAUAUCACUCCUUAC